AUGAUGAUGAUGAAGAUGACGGUGAUGAUGGAGAAUGAUUAUGAUCACGAAGAUGAUGAUGAUGAUGAUGAUGACGAUGAGGUUGAUGACGAUGAUGAUUGGGAUGAUGAUCACUAUUUUGGAGUUGAUGAUUGGGAUGACGAUUAUAAUGACGAAGGUGAUGCUGCUGCUGAUGAUGAAGUUGAUCAUGAUGAUGAUGUUGAUCACGAGGAUGAUGAUAUUUCUGAUGAUGAUGAUGAUGAUGACGUUCAUGAUGAAGUUGUUCAUGAUGAUUAUGAUGAUGGUGAUGAUUCGGAUGAAGAUGAUGAUGAUGAGCGUGAUGAUGUUUCGGAUGAAGUUGAUAAUGAUCGUGAAUAA